CCGUGGACCCUCCCACUACACAAGAGUGACACGCCAUUCAAUUGCUGCCUGGCCCUGUGCUUGUCGGAAGCAGGAGGGAGCUUUGGAGCGUUCUCGUUACAGAAAGAUAAAAAAUAUUAAGAGACAGAAAGCGACUACAUCUGCGCCGUGUAAAGCAAAAGUUGAGCCCGAUCGCGUCGACAUGGGGAUCCGAAAAAAGACCAACAAGAAUCCGCCGGUGCUGAGCCAUGAGUUUGUCAUCCAGAACCAUGCAGAUAUUGUUUCCUGUGUUGCUAUGGUGUUCCUCCUCGGGCUGAUGUUUGAGGUCACCUCAAAGUUUGCAGUGUUAUUCAUAACGGUCCAGUACAAUGUCACCAUAUCAACAAAUGAAGGCCCAGAGGAGACGGCCGUGAACCACUUCCACCACGGCAUCAAGGACCUGGCCACUAUCUUUUUCUACAUGCUGGUGGCCAUCAUCAUGCACGCCAUCAUCCAGGAAUACGUGCUGGACAAAAUCAACAGGAAGAAGCACUUCUCCAAAACCAAGCACAGCAAGUUCAACGAGUCCGGCCAGCUCAGUGCAUUCUACUUAUUCUCCUUCGGCUGGGGCACAAGCAUCCUGCUCUCUGAAAAUUUCCUAUCCAAUCCAGUUUCCCUGUGGGAGGGAUAUCCCCAUACACUAAUGCCAUUCCAGAUGAAGUUCUACUUCAUUUGUCAGCUGGGCUACUGGUUACAUGCUCUCCCAGAGCUGUACUUCCAAAAGACAAAGAAGGAGGAUAUUCCACGCCAGCUUGUGUACAUCUUCCUGUACCUGGUCCACAUUGCAGGCGCCUACAUUCUGAAUCUGAACCGUCUGUGUCUGGUCCUGCUUGUGUUGCACUACUUUGUAGAGCUUCUCUUCCACGUCUCCCGCCUGGUCUACUUCAGCAAUGAGAACAGACAGAUGGGUUUCACCAUAUGGGCCGUGCUGUUCGUCCUCGGACGGCUGCUCACCCUGUCCUUGUCUGUCCUCACCGUGGGCUUUGGCCUCGCCACAGCUGAGAACCAAGGCUUUGAUUUGACUGCAGGAAACUUUAACAUUCUUUUUGUGCGGAUAACUGUCCUGGCUGCUAUCUGCCUCACUCAGGCCUUCAUGAUGUGGAAAUUUAUCAACUUUCAGCUGCGCCGGUGGAGAGAGCACGCCCAAGCUCAGACCUUGAAAAAGAAACAAGUUCCUUCCAAGAGCAAAUCAAAGAAAGACAAAGCCAAUGGAGUAAAUGGAGUGAACUCCCAUGGAGCUGAUUCACCAAGAGCAAGAAAAGAGAAGUCCUCAUAAACACAUUCCCAUCAGCCCAUCCUAUCACCCAGCCCUACCUUCUCAAAGAACCGUCUCUGCCUCCGCGGCUGCGCCCGACCAACCAACCUACCAGCAGAUCCUCCACUUCACUUCUCCACCAUGAUAAGCGUUUUUUCAGCUCCCACACAGGACUGACCUCCCAGCUGGACUUCCCAAGGGCCAGAACGUAUUUAGCCUUUUUUUUUUUUUUUUUUUUUUUUUUUUUGCUUUGUCGCCAGUCGUCCAGCGCGCCUUGAUUUGAGAAUCAUUGCUCUGCUGUGCCAUUUCGAAUGGAAAAAAAAAGAAAAAAACAAAUUCAAAAAUAAACUAUGAAAAAAAAGACCUUAUUUAAGAAGUGCCUAUUGAUGCAGAUUGUUUUGUACAGGGUGUGUAAUUUUAAAAUUUCAGGAACGAUGAUUUCAGUGUUUAAUGUUUCUCCCAAGUCAGGCCAUUUCAUGCUUUUCCUAAAUACCGUGUAUUCCAGCUUGUGUUUUAUUUUCUUUUUUUUUUUCCCUCUUGUAUUUAUAACUGCUAGCUCAGCUCUUCUUCCCCCCUACCAUGUCCCUCUUUUUGCCAACAUUGUAUGGAGUUUUCCUUGUAAUAUCUCUUGUUUCUCCAUGACUGGAGGUUGCAUAGUCUUGUUAUAAUCUCCAUCUUUAAGAUAUGACUGGGUUCACACCACAGACUGUUCAAACCCACCCAGUAAGACAUUGUUUUCACCAUGUCAAUCACCAACACACCUUAGAUGGAAAGCAAGGUAGAAUAUGGAAGUAGUUUCGAACAUGCACUCAUGGAUAGAAUAAGGGAGAGUGUAUAAAAGCAAUUUAGGAAAACAGGAAACAUCACCCUGUAAUACUCCAAGUAGACUCACAGUUCAGUAUUGUGCAAAGCUUUCCAACAAAGAUGUAGUAUUUCAAUAUCAAAGUUCAGAACAGCUUUGUAAUCACAACAGAACAAGUUCCUUGUUGUGAAAUGAAACAGAAUCUAUUGCUGUUCUGCAUAUCAGCACAUGUUUUAGUUUUGAGUGAUAUAAGAUCAUUUGUUAGAGAUGGAAAGGACAAAAUCAGGCAAAACAUCCCUUUAGUCUGUUUGAUUGACCCCUGUAUGCCCCUCUUCAUUUGUAGUGAAAUGGGUUUAUAGUAUUUGUUUGGACUUGCAUAUUAUUGCUUACCUUAAAAUAUGCCACGAGAAUGAUUUGUUGUAAAAGCAUGGACUGGGAAUGAGAAAACUAUUUUGUUUGGCUCUAACCCUAACCCACAAUUGACUGUGCCAAAUGAGCCUGAUUGGACUGUUGGAAUAUGCUUUCUUACUUACAUGCCAUAAAAUGAAUUGAUAAAGCAAAAGAGUGCAGACAGCUGUAUUGUAAGAAUCAAUCACCACAGUAAUACUGGCUUAUUCUAAAAAAUAAACCCAUUUACUUAUUUUAGGUA